AUGUUCGGGACUUCCGAGCGCUCGCUGUUUCGAGGGUGCGGCGAGGACUCGGAAAUACCCCUCGAAAGCUUAUAUCGCGGAUCCGAAGUGCCAUUUUCUCGAGGCUAUUCGGCGCCCGAAGUACCCCUCGAACAACCGGGCUGGUCCGACUACCGGGUUCCUCCAAUAGUGACUCCAGUCGUUGAAGAAGAGAAUGGAAGCCGUGAAAUGCUCGUUGUGAAAGUUGUACUUGUUGAAGCUCCUGUCGGACAAACUUGUUCACCAGCUUGUGCAACUGGAAAACAAACUGGUCUAUUACAACAACUAUUUAUUACACAAAUAGUAUUUGAUUGUGAACAUGUAUUACUGCUGCUACAAUUUGUUAGACUAGUACAGAGGACUGAACCAAGUCCACAAAUUCCAGCUCCAUUUGCAAUCAUAAAACAAACACAUUGUGAAUUUGAAGAUGAACAUUGA